UCCUGACGCCUUACUUAUGCUCUCUUAAUCCCACUUCUGACACCAUGUUGUGUCUUUAUUACAUAACAUUACGAUACACUUCAUACAGCUUCUCUCGUACACUCAGUAAUACCUCUCACCAUCACUCUGCUACUUACACACACUACCAACCUUCCCAAGCCUAUCUCAUAUUUCCCUACAUCACAGCAGUUGUAGAGAAUACAAAGAGACCUUGUGGACUUUGCAAAAAGCACUACAUAGCCAGAUAUUAAUUUUUUUUCUUCUGGCUAUAGUAAUAGAAAUUAUUUUGUGGACAUUGUUUAAAGCAUUGACAUUUACAUGCUUAUAAUAAAAGCUUUCUGAGACAAUACAUAUCAGAGGAAUAUGCUUUUCUAAAAUAAAUUAAAUAUUAAAAAAUUAUUUUACUUUUGAAAACAAUUAAUAUACUCCUGGAACUGCAGUGAGGGGCAGCCAUGGUAAUGAUCUUUUUACAUAUUGAAAUUUUUUAAAUUAUAGUUUAAAAAUACUUUGCAGGAUGAAAGUUAACUGAAACACAAAACAUUAUCAUAUACAAUUUAAAAAUAUAGGUAACAAUACACUUAAUCCAUAUGUAUAACAUCACAAUAUCCACGGGACACUGUUUUAGCCACUUUCGUGAGAAUGCCCGUAUAAAAUAUAACAAUGUGACAGAAGCAAUUAAAUGUCAGUUGGGAAAAUGGAUCUCUAGGGAAUAUCUUACAGAGAUUUACUCUAAAUAGUUUGUGAGGUUUCUGUUUUCAAACAGAACUGUAAUUAUCUUAGAAAAAGACAAAUCCAAAUAAAAAAUAAUAAUUUUUAGUUAAUGUUACUUAAUUGUCCCACAAAGCUUUUUCAGUGUCACAAAGGCAACCUAAACAAUCAUUCAUAUGAUUUUACAGCAUUUUAAAUGUAGCUAACCUAACAUAUCCGUCCACACUGUUUCACAUAGUUUUAAUGAUGCAAAAUUAACUAUCCACACUAUUUUACAUUAUUUUUAAUGUAGCGAACCCGACCUAACCAACCAUUCACUUGAUUUUACAAUCUUUUUGAUGUAGCUAACCUAACCUAACCUAACCUAACUUAACCAACAAUAAAAACUGUAAAUUACAGGGAUACUCCUCAAACUAUCACAAAACUGUUUUACAUAAUGAUUAGAAAUGUUUGGAAGUACGAGACUGUGGACUGGUGAGGUAAGCGGCCAACCACUGUUGAGCCUAGCUCCGGCGAGGAGAGUGAACUGUGGACUAGACCGAUUGAAGUGAUUAACGAACAGACGUUUCUGGAGUGCUAGUGUGGACAGACAUUGAGUGUGGCAAUUAAAUGAGAACAGAAUAUAUUAGUUGUAAAUAAAACUGUAUAAAAACUUACUUAUUGGGCUAUCCUUUUGAACCUGUUUUCCCCACUUGUAACAAUAACUAACACAACUGCUACCACUGAUUUCGCAUUACCAUAGCAUCCUGCCAUGGAACAGAGCCAACACCACUGAAAUACUCUCUGAAUUCAUCUCAAACACCUGCUGCCUCUCUACUGUGGUGAUUUCCACCCUGUUGGCUGAGGCCUUGCAGUACUUGCAGGAACUCGUCGAUUUCAAAUGUGUCUUCAGCAACACGUGAUUUCAAAUUAAAGACACUAGAAUGAUGAAUACAUAAAAAAAUUAUCAAUUGUUAAAUAUUUCAUUUGUACCAGAUAAAAAGCAAAGAUUGAAAACAAAAAAAAAUUGUUUUGGCAUAUAAAAACAAUAAAAUAAUUAAGAGAAUUUUACAUACUGUUCAACUCCCUCCAAAACUCAUGUGUUUGUGAAAAACAUAAUGGCUGAUACCCUGUUGCAACAAACAAAUCUCUAACUGCCAACUGCAGAAUAAAUAUUCAAAUGUAACACUGUGCCCCCACUUCCCCUACAUCUACCUGCAAGGUAGGAAGAACAAGCUACUUGAUAAAUGCAGGGGUCGAAAAUGGUCACUUAACUCACUUACAGUCACUUAUUUUUCAUCAAUCACUUUUUUUGUCACUUUUUUUUUAAACAGUCACUUAAUUUACUUUUUUUUCGAUAUUGGUGCCCAAAAUUUGCAUUUCCGUUUAUGAAAGUGACAUUAAUUAAAUGCUUGAAUUUGUGGUUUUGACUGUAAUCAAGGUAUUUGCCGUUUGCCAUAACACGGAUGGUGUCUAGAUCGUUUUUUACAUGCGUAAAAGCGUAAACAACUGAAGUCGAACUAUCCGUUAAUCGAUUUGCCCUACAGUAUCGAUCGGCUGACGUGAUGGCGGUAGCCUACAAGUCACGUAGUUUCGGUUCCAUAUCACGUUCGUGCAACUUCGGAUUUCUUUCAAAAAUUGAAAUUAAAAAAAUUGAGGGGUUAGGUUAGGUUAGGUUAGGUCAGGUCAGGUCAGUCACAACAUGCUUGAACUUCUGAUUUAGCGGCUGAAGUGGCGUUAAUACCAAAACGCAAAACUUCGGAAAUCUUCGGAAAUUCUUGCAGGGAACCGAAACUAUGUGAGUUGUAGGCUUCCCACGUGAUGGCAGAUAACCUAUGUUCGUGCCAGUGUGCUCUGUAGUUAGUCUGAUUACUGUAUUAAUUUAGUUUUGUCCUUAUGGGCCUUGGCUAGCGAUAUUACUUGUGUCAUGAUAUACUAUUAUUUGAGAUAAACAAGUAACCGGGAAAUAAUAUUGUAAUGUUUUGAUGUUGUGGUGAAGAUGGGGAAGUGUCGUUUUCGUAGCGAGUGGCUAGAGAGGCGCGAUGAUAAUGGAAAAAUCAUUAACGAGUGGGCAAAAAAACCUAACGAUACUGAUGAUUUUUGUGCAGUUUGCUGUGUCACAAUCAAAAUAUCAACCAAAGGGUAUCAAGCGCUAUCUCAGCAUGCUACUUGCGAGCGACAUAAGAGUGAAUGUCGGAAUAACUUGGCUCCUAGUCAGCUAAAAUUCACGGUCGUUCGACCUUCAUGUUCAGCUUCCACAUCAAGUGAAGUGUCCUCAGAAAACCAUGUUAAAUGUCUUUACAGUGUACGAGAUCGUGCAACAAGUGCAGAACUGAAAUGGGUAAUGAAAUGUAUUAUUUCAAAUUAUCAGCAUCAUCUUGUGGAGGAAUAGCUGACGUUUUUAAAAGUAUGUUUGGUGAGGGUGUGCCUGAGGACUUCAGCCUGAGCAGCACUAAAUUUAGGUAUCUACUAACAGAUGCAUUAAGCCCAUAUUUUCGCAAUGUUAUUUUGAAAGACAUGGAUGGUGCAUACUAUUCAGUAUGCUACGACAAAACAACAAACCACACAGGUAGAAAGGAACUGCAAAUUGCUAUCAGGUACUGGUCUAACACGAAGCUACAGAUUAUCACUCACCAUCUUGAAACCUUUUUUAUUGGAUCAGCUACAGGCGAAAUACUAGUUGAGAAAAUUAAUUCUGCACUAGACAAUGCUGGAUUACCUCGUCAGAAGAUAUUAAUGUUAGGGAGUGAUUGCCCUAAUGUCAACAAGAAAGUUGCUCGUAUUAUAUGUGAAGAGUUGGUUUCUAUUCGCAAGGCACCCCUUGUUAAUAUUGGCACAUGCAGCAUCCACACACUUCACAAUGCAUUUCUCAGUGGACUUGAUAAACUUGGAGAAGAUGUAGCUGAUUUGGUAAUGGCUGUCCAUGAUUUUUUUGAUGGUUGGCCUUCAAGAUGUGAGGACUACUUACAAAUACAAGAUGACCUAUCUGUUCCAAAACAUAGUUUCAUCAAGCAUGUUCCGUCAAGGUGGCUUACCUUAGAAGGAGCUGCAUCACGAUUGAUCGAACAAUGGGAAGCUCUCAAAAAAUACUUCCUAAGUUAUGUCCCCAAGAAGAGAAAUAGCCUAGGCAAGAGCAACAACUACAAGAGAAUAUUGAGUUUACUAAAGAAGCCUACUAUAAAGGCUGAACUUCUUUUCGUGUGCAGCAGUGCCAGAGUAUUCACACGCUUCACUGGUGCAUUCCAGAAGGAAGAACCAAUGAUACAUGUUAUGCAUGAUGAACUAGAAACUCUUGCUAAGAUUUUGCUUGGAAAGGUUUGCAAACCAGAACUCAUACAAACUGUUGGUGUAAGUGAAGAUUUACUAAAAACAGAGAACCUACAUCCUGCCCAGAAAAUCCAUGUUGAGAAAGAGAUUUUGACAGAAAUUUCAAAGGUGGAUGAAAGGUUUCAGCUGGAGUUUUUGGCUGGAGUGAAAAACCAUUAUGUUGAAGCUGUUACUCAUGUUAUCAGAAAGUCACCCCUAAUAUUGAAACCACUUCUGAAGAAUUGCCGUUGCCUCCAGCCAGAAGAAAGGGUUUUACACCGCAGUUGUCGAGACAUUGUUGCUCUAGCAAAGGGUCUGCCCAUUGUAAUUGAUGAAAGUAUUCUGUUAGAUGAAUGGAAACUACUCCAGUGUGAAAAGGAAAGUGUGUGUGGUGGCCGUAUAGAUGACUACUGGGCUCUGUUUUUUGUUUUGAAGAACAGUAUUGGUGAUGAUAAAUACCCAAACGUUGCUAAAGUUGUAAAAUCCGUUUUGGCUCUUUCACACGGAAAUGCUGACUUAGAGCGAGGGUUUUCUUUGUCCUCCCACAUCUUAACUCAAGACAAAGCUUCCAUGUCGGAAAGAACACUCAAUGCAGCAAUGACUGUCAAGAGUGCAAUAAUGAAGAUGUACCACAGCAAGCCUGAUUUGGUUCCCAUUACAAGAGAGCUAUUAGCAAUGGCUCGUGUAGCUCAUAGCAGCUACCUUUCACACUUGCAAAAUGAGAAGGCUUUAAAAGAAGAAGCAGCUCGGAAGAAGUUGGAAACAGAUGAAAAGAAAUUAGUGGAAGCAGAGAGAAUACAAAAACUGAAAGAUGAGAGAAAGAUAAUAGCUGGUGCUGAGAACAAAUUGAAGAUUUUGCAAAGUGAAGAGCAGCAAAAAAGAAAGACUGCAGAUGCACUUUUUGGAGGAGGCAAAUAAGAGAUUAAAGAGGGCUGUAGAAAAGAAAGAUAUGCAGGAAAUUGGAUUGGCCCAAGCCAUGUUGGAAGGUGUUUACAGAGUCAGAAAAGAAGCUGCAGAGAAGAAGCUUGAGGUUGAUACUGUACAACACUCAGUGGAGAAAAGGAAAUCUAAAAUUAUUUCUGACUAUUUUUCAAAAUACUCAAAAAAUUAGAUGUUUUGUCUUGAUGGAGUGUUCUGACAUAAGUUUGCUGAUGUUGAAAUGUUCUUAAAUUGGACUGGAUACAGUUUUUUAGUAGGCCUAUGGUGUCUUCUUAAUUAAUAUAAUUCUUAGUUCAUUUUAAAAGACAAUAUAAAAAUGUUAAUCUUGACAGAAUUUUCAUGGAAACCACUUUUAAGUCACAGUUUACACAGUUGACUUCUCUUUCACCAUCUUAGGUAGGUAUGUGAAUAAUUUGUUUCUUUUAAUUUUUUGCUACUGGUGCAUAAUUUGUAACUUGUGUGUUUUUAAAUAGUUAAUAGAAUAACUGUCAGUAUUUUAUUAGAUCCAUACACAACCUAACAUUUUAUUUUACUACAAUCAGAAUUUUUUAUAACAUUUAUUUCAGUUAUAUUUCAGGUCACCUUUUUAGUCACUUAUUUUCCUGGAGAUCACUUUUUCUAUCACAAAGGUCACUUUUCUCACUUUUUUCCAGUGAAUAAAGCACUUUGAGGCCUGUAAAUGCAUAUCAGCGCUAAUGAAAUUGUGCAGGGAUAAACUUUUUGAUCACCUCAUCAAGUCAGAAAAAAAUAAACCAACAAGUCGGAUUGCAGCCAUCCAGAUAGCUCACACCAAGAGCGCAUCAAUGAUUUCUGUCAUUGAAUUAGGAAAGUACUGGGAGGUAAAAUCAUGUCAAUCUAAAGAUUUGUACUUAAUCACAAAACAGGAUGAGCUGGCAGCAUGUGAAGGCAAGUGCAAGUUUGAAUGCAAGGACUGUAAUAUCUGUGUGCACAUGUUCACUUGCACUUGCAAUGGUAACAUGAUUAAUUUAAACAUUUGCAAACAUAUUCAUGCCUGUGCACAAUUUACCCACACAAAAUCAAAAGAGACAAGACACAACUAUCAAAUAAACACUUCUGCAGUUAUUCAUGCAGUUCAUGCCAGCACUUCUGUAGCAAAGUCUUCAAAUGACAGCUGCAAUAAAAUAAAACAUAAAUGUGAAUUAUUGAUGGCAUAUCUAGACACUGAAACCACCACGAAAAUUGACAAAUGGUUAGGAAACUGUCUUAGCAUAAUCAAAGAGAAGCUGCCCACAGAAAACUUAAGACCACAAUGUCAAGAACCAAGCAAAAAGAGGGUGCAGAAACAAAACAGGCUGUACUCUACUAAAAAGAGAAAAAUUUAAUCAAAUCAGCAAAUGAGCACAAUAGUGCGAGAAAACUUGAUGUCUGGCUUAGGUACUGUAGAAAUGGAAAACAUCCACACAGGCUUUGAUCAUACAUAUGUUU